GCUGCCCGUAGCCUUCCGGGUGCUGCCUGUGCUGGUGCCUCAGAGCACAGCACGCAGCGACCCGGCUGCUUUGGGGCAGAACAUGAAGGUGUUUUAGGGGCUCAGCUGCCUGGAGCAGUAAGAAAAGGUGCUUUGCAUGGGUGCAAGAUGAACUUCUCUUGCUCUAAUACAGCAGUGAAGGGCUGGGGGCUCUCAGCCGUGAGCAUGUACCUGCUGAGCACCCGCACAGCCUUAUCUCCAGGGAGGAGGGUUAAUGUGUAACCCGGCUCUGUUUGGUUAGCCCAGGAAGGCAAAGAAGUGCUGGGAUAGGCACGGUCAGGACAAGGAUUUGCGCAGCGUGGAGCGACAGACGUGCUGCCAGGGUAUUGCCCCCCCCGGCAGCCUGGGAUAUGCCUAGGAAGGAGCUGGGAAUGGCUGGCUGCAACUCCGGCAGCUGCGACAGCAUGGUCAGCACAGCCUCCAACCACUCACAGCAUAGUGAUAACAGUUAUGACUACUUAUCUGUAGAAGAGAAAGAAUGUUUGAUGUUCUUAGAGGAAACUAUUGGCUCUUUGGAUGCAGAAGCAGACAGUGGGGUCUCUACUGAUGAGACUGAGUACAUGGAGCCCUCCAGGCUGCCCAGGACCCAGCCUAAGAGGGACUCCGUCACCCGGGGUUUGGAAAACGGGGCUCCGCAGCAUGCAGCUGAACAGAAGAGUAGUAAGACCCCCUCCGCCUUCCCGAGCUCAGCUCCAGCAGUGGUUCCAAGCUCAGGCUAUUACAGUCUUCCAAGGGUCGUAACUGUAGCAAAUGGAGCCUCUGACAGAAAAGCAACUGUCCGCACAGUGGAGGACCCAGUGCCAGUACAUAAAUCCUCGCAGGAGAUGGCCAAAGAGGGCAGGCUUGACCAAGCCAACAUAAGAAGCCAGAUGAAGUCCCUGGAAUCUUUGCUUGUCCAACCUCCAGAUCCCUUCCAGGAUGAGCUGCUGAGCUAUGAAUGGUCACACAGCAAUCGCUCAGAUGACAAGAGGGAAACAACCAAGGAGACCAAGACCUGGAUGUCAUGGGGCCAGCCGGAGAAAUCCACAUUGGAAGAGGCCCCUCAGGACCCUGAUACCAAGCGCGGGCCACCCACUGCCCCCAAACCACGAAAACUGCCACCAAAUAUUAUCCUGAAAACCAGCAAAAAUAGCCCAGUGGCGCUCGCCACAGAGCCCAACCAGAAGGUGAAAGCACCAGCUCCAUCCUUGGCCAGCUCUGCCAGCGAUGCCACUGCUGAAAAGGUGAAUUCAGGGCACCUCGACCCCAGGGACAGGGAGAAAGCCCGGCGGGAAGCACUGGAGAAGCUUGGGCUGUCACAGGACAAGAGGGAGCCCAGCGCCCACCUUCAACCUACCGCACAUCCCCAACCGAAGGAGGUGCCAUUCCCCAACCCUGCGGAGCCCAAAGCACGCGGUGGGGCAGUGGAGAGGCCGGUGCCAGGUGUCCGACCGAUGACCUUCAAAUCCAACACCCUGGAGCGCUCCGGGGUAGGGCUGAGCAGUUACAUGGCCAGCACCAAGGAGCAGAGUGUCAAGACCAGCAGCUCCUUGGGCAAGAUGUCCUUCAUCGAGCGGCUCGCCCCGAGCUUCCUCAGGAGCAGCCGCCCCAGGCCGGUGUCCCUUGGGACAGGGAAGGACUUUGCUGGUCUGAAAGAGCCGGGGCAGGUGGAGCAGGAGAAGACCAGCAAGCAGCGAUCCCACCUGCUGCAGAGCUUUCCCAGGCCACCCCGCUCCUCUGUCAGCGUCAAGAUUUCCCCCAAGGGUGCGACAGAUGAGAACCGGCGAGAGGCGCUGAAGAAGCUUGGUCUGCUAAAGGAAUAGCUCCUUGGGCAAUGAGGCUGCUGGAAAAGGGACUUCCCCCCCCCACCCAGAUCCAGCUGCUUUCGCUGCCUGUCCUCAGGCAGCACAACCAUAACCAUCUUUUGUUGUGAUCUCUCACCUCAGCAUCUUGGGAGAGGUACCACAAGAGGUAUUUGGAGCAUCACCGAAUGAAGUACCACCACAUGUACAUAAUAUUUUGUACAUAGCAAGUGUAUAGGAGGUAUUUAUAUAAAGCAUCACUCAGCAUGUGGAUGGGGCAUAUUCUCCUACAAGGUCUUUAAUGCAUUUGGGGAUUCAUUGAAACAGGGAAGCCAUGGAAUUGGGGGUUUGGCUUAUUUUAAAAGGCAUUACCCAUGGAUAAAGCCUCUCUGGAAAGAACUGCAGGACUCCGCUGCUCCUUUAGUAUUUUAUGGUCUUUUAUUAACUUUAUCAAAGCCUUUGAGGUCUGAGCACUCACCUGCCCCAUGCAACUGCCUCCCAAAAGCCACCACUGCCACGUUCAAACCCAUCAGACCCACGGGCAACGGAGGGGACACAGUGAUGCUCCCCAUGCACAAAUGCUCCUCGGAGGCUGGCUGGCUUCACAUCCACUGCAAGGCUACACUCACAUCCAGCCCCUGGAUAUAGCACUUAGGCACAAACAUCCAUCUUCAUUGUGAAGUUACAAUUAAGAAGCAACAAGUUGUGUUGGUGGCAGAUCCAGGAGUGCUGCCCAAAAGGAGAGAUGCAAGGCUGAGACAAGACUAUUUCAGUCCCUUUCAAACUCUCCUCACAUCUUUCAGACCCAGCUGAUGCUGUCAACGUUUAUGCUGCACACCUUUUAUGACAAAGGUGCUUUAUUUCUGUAAUAAACUUGUAUAUGAUCCAAAAAUGACUUUGUAAUACAGAGUUAUGUUGCAGUCAAAGCUCUGGUAAAGCUAAGUAAUGAGUUUAAACCUUCAGUAUGUCUUGACUUGAGGAGUGGGGGUGACCCAGACAACUGGGCAUCGCGAAUGAUGAGUCUGAACCAGAUACUUGUGCCUCUUGCAACCCAGGACCCACACGAGAUGGGAUUUUGUGCAAAUGCUUCCACUGCAAUAAGUAAAUACAAAGUCUUCCAGAGAACAUUCAGACUGGGAUGGGCGACAUGGGAGGACCUGUCAACUCCUUCCAAUCUGCACCAUCUCCUAGGUCAGUGGGGACACCUACCACAGCAGCCCUGUUAGUUGAGAAGUUCCAUUAACAGCUGAACUUGGAAGGAUCACCUUGUUUUCCUUCACCAGAAUAAUCUUUCACGUAAUCUUGGCUUUUAGAGUUGGACAUUAGAGAGUCUCUACUAAUGAACUCACUGUGAAGGUGCUGAGGCGCUGGUACAGGGUGCCCAGAGAAGCUGUGGCUGCCCCAUCCCUGGCAGUGUUCAAGGCCAGGUUGGACACAGGGGCUUGGAGCAACCUGCUCUAGUGGAAGGUGUCCCUGCCCGUGGCAGGGGGUUGGAACUGGGUGAGCUUUAAGGGCCCUUCCAACCCAUUCCAUGGUGAUAAUAAAUCAACCACCUUUGUUCCUAAUAGGCAA